AUGGGGCUACAGCUCCACGUAUACCGAUGGUGGAAGCUUCGAACCCCGGAAACCUGGGUGUCGCUUCCUUAUCGUAGGCGACGGGCUACCUUCAGUUUGGAUGACCGGAUGUCAAAACAUAGCCUGUCUACAUCUUCUUGUCAACAUUGCGCAUGUGGCCCUAUCACUUGCCAGUUGUCAGACAUAUGUUCUCCCGAUUUGAAAAUUCACCCCAGCAAAACGAUCAGGCUGGUGUUGAGCACUGCCUUCUGUGACUCGUCAUUGGUUAACGGCCUCAACUUGACCGCAUGUCGUGGCUGCUCCCGUUUGCAUCUUCUGAGCUGUAUCAAUGCUGCGCCAAGCAAGACUUCUGGUGGUGAUUUUGCGCCAAGUGAAGUGACGAGCGUAUUUUGUAAAUCAGUCGGUAUCCCUGUUAUUGUGGCCAUGACUGGUUGUUUUCUAUUGCUUCGCGCUCUACGUGCUCCUAGGGAUCGAAAGAAAGAAUCUCACGUGUUACUGGGUAAACAACCCUCGACAUCCAAUUCCGAUGGCGGUUCGAAUGAUGAUAUGGACGUUUCUGUGAAGGAAAAGGAUAAGGCGCUCGAUGUGUAUGGUCGCUCGGUUAGUUCUCGGAGCGCCCACCUUAAACGCAAUGGUUGCGGGCUGUCUUCGUUUUCGCCAAAGUCCUGGGCGGCAUACUCAGUCGAAGCACUUGCAACUUUGCUCGCUGUGGCAAUUAACCAGUACCGCGACAAAGAAAGAGGCCAAAAGAUUGUCCUCAUCGCGCAUAGUUUGGGAUGUUCGCUUUCAGCGUUGAUUGCGUCAUCGGAAUCUCCUCUCAUGUUGUCCCUGCAGGAGCACAUUAUUGGAUUGAUUGCAGUUUGCCCACCAGCUGGCCAUCCUCCGGAGAAAACGACUGAAAGCUUCCGCAGGCUUCUCUAUAUUCCAAACCCGAUUUUCGACCUUUUUAGACGAUGGGACAGACGGGGCGGACCUAAUAGCCCCAGCGUUAUGAGCUUCGGUUCAACCAGCAGAAUAACGAAUCCUGAGGAGGUUACCAAAAUUCUCGAGUAUUUCAGUGGUCAUGGUACCCUGCCAAUUUUUCCUGAAAGCCAGCUAGCAAGAGGAGGUAUUGGAGACGAAAAUACCCCCCCUGAUGUACGGCCUUCGCUGAAAGGAAGAGUUGGAAGGAAUCUUACCAACACCGUUAGUCCGUCUGGUUUAGCGAAGCCGGAGAAUACUACGAGUGGCGGGAAAAAAGGUGUAAAGGCAUAUAUAUUUCCAGCACCUGCCUCCCAUGCUCUACUCUACGACCGGCAUACUUGUCGUACACUCUCGGGGUUGAUCCAAGACUUUUUCCCUAAACAUAUUGACCCUCGUCUGAGUUUGGGAUGGCAGCUUCAACAUCUAACCACUUCAAAGAAAUGGGACGUCAAGAACCUGGAGAAAUGGAAAGCAAUCGAUUCCGUUUCAGAUGUUAUGGGGGAUACUUUUGUCGCGAUGAAGACCCUGCGUGAGGUUGAUGAGAUACACACACCAAUACCCUUUGCGCAAAAGUGGAAAGGAAGAAUUUAUGCAGUCAUUGAUAUUAGUCACGAAAGCCCGGUUUACGAUCCCACCCAGCUUGAGAAAGGUGGGAUCCAGUAUCACAAACUUCCAACGGUGUCCAAGAUACCUCCGACUAUUGAUGAGGUCCGUGACUUUGUGUCUCUGGUCGUUCGCCUGGAGGAAGAAAUAUCGGCUGUAUCCAAUGCCCUUCCGGAUGGGGCUCUGCGGCCAGUACUUGGAGUUCACUGUCACUACGGAUUUAACAGGACCGGUUUCUUUGUCGUUUCAUAUCUUAUCGAGAAAAAGGGAUUCUCCGUUCAGGGCGCAAUAGACGAAUUCGAAAGAUGCCGACCUCCGGGAAUCAAACACGAGCAUUUUAUCGAUACCCUUUUUGUACGGUAUUGUGUUGGCCUUCAGAGAGCUUCGACCUUAUAA